UUGUAGCGUCAACAUAUAUGUCGGAACAACAUGUCGCAAGAGGAAAAAGAAUUACUUGAAGAAAGGCAUUGGACUGUUGUUGAAUUCACCAAGGACGACGAUUAUCGGGAAAUAUCCUGCAUUCCCAACAAUUGGGUCUUCAGCAAAAACGACGAAGUAUUUUCGUUUUGGCCGAAGAGGAAUAUACGAAAACAUAUCAAAAAUGCAACUCCCCCAGAAAAGCAAUGGGACGUUUGGCCGGCAAGGGUAAUGCUUAAAAAUAGCGUAUCAUAUAAGGAAGCCAUUUCCUUUGAGAAAAAAAAUGAAAAGGUAACUGAGUCAGAGGGAGAAGAAGUUCGUUCCAAGAAACGCAAACGAAAGGCAAUUUGUCUUAAGGAUUUUAUAACUGAUGUACUAGAAGAAGAGGAAGAUGAUCAAAUUCCACCUCCGCCAAAAAUUAUUAAAGCACCACCUUCGCCAGCUACGACAGUGCCUUCACGAUCCCUAAAUGAUAUUUUAUCUGCCAAAUCCUAUGGUGACAUUGCCACUACUUCUGGUGAUACUUUAUCAGUAAGAAGCUUGGAACGUAAUAAUAAUGAUUCACCUGCGACCUUAUCGUUAGGUUCAGAAGUUAAUACUUCUCCACAAGACUCCUUAAUCAUUACUGAACCAUGUAAUGUUGAUGAUCAAAUUGUAGACAAACUAAAUGAAAUUAUAAGAAAAACCACUCGGGUAGAAAUUAUGGUGAAAAGAUUAUUACAAAAAAUCAGUAAUGAUCCUACACAUACCCCAUUACAUAAUACUGACAGUAUUAGUAAUACAUGUAUACAACCUUUUACAAAGUACCGGCUGUUAUGUGAAUACGAAGAAAGAUUAAAAUCUGGCGAGGACGCCAGAAAAGAACUGAUGCAGUUCGAAAAAAUUUUCCGUUAUUAACCGACAAAAUAUUUGAAUUAACUGUUUCUACAUGGCUGAGACAAGCAAAUCUUCGCUUCACGAGAAAACUUGAGAAAUAGUUGUAUGUAUAACUUUAACUUCCUGUCAGUAUUUUUUUAUAUUUUUUGUAUUUUGUUUUAUUUUAACUGUGCACUUUGUAAGUUACUUUUGUUUAAAAUUACCAUAUCAUAUAUGUAAUAAAUACAUAUUCCA